AUGUCUGGAGUAUCAAGCUGGCUGCGACAGAUGCGCAAAGGGGACCUUAUUGAGCUGUCCGACGAAGUAGGCUUCAAUGAGUAUGAUGGAAUGAAGAAAGCGGAACUCGAAAUCGCGCUCCAUAGAUAUCUAGUUGAGAAUAUGGAAAGAUUCUCCGACGACACGCGAUUUGCGCAAUUCUACAAGAGCAAGAAUGGAAGCUCUCCCGUCAAGAAAGAGGUCUCGUCCGCGAUGUCUGACUUUGGCGCUGCGGUCAAAUCAGUGAAGCGCAGAGUGACCAGGGCUGCUGAGGAGCUCGUCGCGACUGAAGAUUCCGAGGUCGAACCAGCUACUACGCGCGCGAAAUCCGCCUUGACCCGUACUCCGGCGCGUGGCUCUCGAUUGUCUGAGCUCGCGCUCGCCUCCAACCUGCCUCUACCGCCCUCACCAAGCGUCAUCGCGAACCAGAUCGAUCGCCAAACCCAAGUUAUUCGCAGCAAGAUCUCCGAUUAUUAUGAGGACUCGGGGGUCAUCGAAUAUGCACACGCGACGCGCGAGAAUCUCUCAACGGUCCAGGCCAUUCAAGCAGCCGUUGUCUUGUUUGAGGCCUACAACUUGCGACCCGAGCUGCUGGUGGAUAGAUACGCGUUUACAAUCCCAGCCAUCAACCAUCUUACUUCCUCCCCUCACGACAUCAAGAUUCCAGAUUUAUUCUUGCUCUUGACAAGUUCGUUCUGGAAUCCCGCGUUGUUGUGGACUAUUACCACCCUCAUCAUUCCGCUCAUCGCGGCGUAUUUCUUCAACAUGACGGCUAGGCCAUCAAAAUCUCGUCACAACGAGCCUCAGUUCAACUAUACCUUCGACCCGUUGACCUUCAGUAUCGCCAAAGCAUUAUUAGUAUUCGUGAUCUUCGGACAGGAUGUUACCUUUGGUGGUUUGGUCGACCUGGAGUCUGUAGCUCGAAUCAACUCCGCCGUCUACGGUGGAUGGAAAGGCGUUCUUGUCGGAACAGGUAUCACGGGCUUGAUUACCUUGUACGACGCGGUCCUGAAGAAGUGA